CAAAACUCAGUUUCUGAAAGCCGGUCAGCUCCACAUUCAGGUCUGUGAGACUCAAACAUUCCCAAACAAGAUGGCAGGGCAAGUAAAGCAGUACAUGGCCUGGCUUAUUUCUCCUAAAAUGCUGUUGUUGACAUGUUUUGUGAUUGUGGCGGCUUUUGGGAUUCAGUUCUUUGAGCAACAGAACAGUUCUUCAGAUGAACAAGUUCAAGAAAUCAGUGACGAGCUUCGAAUCCUGUUGAUCGGAAAGACAGGCGUGGGCAAAAGUGCAACAGGAAACACCAUACUUGGUAAAAAGGCUUUUAAAUCUGAUAUGUCUUCAUCUGUAACCACACAGUGUGAGAAAGAAAAUGGACAUGUUCAUGGAAGAAAAGUGUCUGUUAUUGACUCUCCAGGGCUGUUUGACACUCAGUUAUCUGUAGAUGAGGUGGUCGGUCGGAUUAAGCUGUGCAUUCCCUUCUCUGCUCCAGGACCUCAUGUCUUUUUAGUUGUGAUUCAAAUAAGUAGAUUUACAGAGGAAGAAGAAAAAACAGUUCAGCUAUUUCAAGCCAUUUUUGGAGAAAAGUCCUCCAAGUACACUAUGGCUCUCUUCACUCAUGGAGAUCAACUAAAGGGGAAAAAUAUUCAUCAGUUUGUUCGAAACAAUACAAAGCUUUUGAAUUUUAUCAUGAAAUGCAAUGGAGGAUACCAUAUGUUUAAUAAUGAAGACCAGAAUCCAGAACAAGUCAUCCAGCUUCUGGACCAGAUUGAUAUGAUGGUCACUGUAAAUGGUGGAGAACAUUACACUACAGAGAUGCUUCAGGAAGCAGAGAGAGAGACAGAAGCGGAGAAACAGCAAAUCUUCAAAGAAAAUGAAGCACGGAGACAGAAGGAAAUAGAAUAGCUGAAGAAGAUGGUU